CCAUGGCAUCAGUAUCAGAACCGGUUACCUUCAGAGAGUUCUGCCCUUUGUACUAUCUCCUCAAUGCCAUUCCCACAAAGGUCCAGAAGGGUUUCCGCUCCGUCGUGGUCUACCUCACAGCUCUCGACACCAAUGGGGACUACAUCGCGGUGGGCAGCAGCAUCGGCAUGCUCUAUCUGUACUGCAGACACUUCAACCAGAUGAAGAAGUACAACUUUGAGGGGAAAACGGAACCCAUCACAGUGGUGAAGUUGCUGGCCUGCUUCGACGACCUCGUGGCCGCGGGCACAGCCUCCGGGAGAGUUGCUGUUUUUCAGCUUGUCUCUUCCUUGCCAGGGAGAAAUAAACAACUUCGGAGAUUUGAUGUCACCGGUAUUCACAAAAAUAGCAUAACAGCUCUGGCUUGGAGCCCCAAUGGAAUGAAAUUGUUCUCUGGAGAUGACAAAGGGAAAAUUGUCUAUUCUUCUCUGGAUCUAGACCAGGGCGUCUGUAACUCCCAUUUGGUGUUAGAAGAGCCAUCUUCAAUCGUGCAGCUGGAUUAUAGCCAGAAAGUUCUGCUCGUGUCUACACUACAAAGAAGCCUGCUUUUUUACACGGAAGAGAAGUCUGUCAAGCAGAUUGGAACACAACCAAGGAAAAGCACUGGGAAAUUUGGAGCUUGUUUUAUACCAGGGCUCUGUAAGCAAAGUGAUCUGACUUUGUAUGCGUCACGGCCUGGGCUCCGGCUCUGGAAGGCGGACAUCCAUGGGACUGUUCAAGCCACGUUUAUCUUAAAAGAUGUCUUUGCCGGAGGAGUCAAGCCUUUCGAACUGUACCCGCGUCUGGAAUCCUCCAACAGGGGAAGUUGCAGCUUACCUGAGAAGCACCUGGGGCUCGUUUCAUGUUUCUUCCAAGAAGGCUGGGUGUUGAGUUGGAAUGAAUAUAGCAUUUAUCUUCUAGACACUGUCAACCAGGCUACAAUUGCUGGUUUGGAAGGAUCUGGUGAUAUCGUAUCUGUUUCCUGCACAGAAAAUGAAAUAUUUUUCUUAAAGGGAGAUAGGAACAUUAUAAGAAUUUCAAGCAGACCUGAAGGACUGGCAUCAAUAGCGCGAGACAGCCUGGAGACGUCCGGGUGCGCAGAGCAGGUGUCCGGGCAGCGCGCGGAGAAGCCGUCGGUGGCCACGGUUUCUGAGACGAGGCUCAGGGGCUCUUCCGUGGCCAGCUCCGUGGCCAGCGAGCCACGGAGCAGGAGCAGUUCUCUCAACUCCACCGACAGUGGCUCCGGGCUCCAGGCGGCGCCAGAGCCGGGGAGGGGUGGCCAGCCCGCCUCACAGAGAUUCAGCGUGAUCAGCUCAGAAGAGUUUGAGCAGGAGCUCGUGGUGAAGCCGCUGAAAGUGAGAAAGAAGAGGAAGAAGAAGUCAGAAGGUGGAAGCCGGAGUGCCUGCCACAGUUCCCUUGAGUCAACUCCCUGCUGUGAGUUUCCGGGUGACAGUCCCCAGUCCUUGAGCACAGACCUGCUGUCCAUGACCUCAAGUUUGGGCAGCAUCGUGGAUCGCUCGAGCACAGAGUCUCCCGACCGGGAGAGUAACCUCAGCGGAGAGGUGAAUGGUGUCCUGCAGGAGAAUAAUGACCCCGAAGCGUUCAGUGUCCUGGAGGUGCCUGAGCCUGCCCCUGACAUACUGAAUGAAGGGCGUGACAGUAGACCUGAAAGCCCACGAUGGAACCAUGCAGGCGAGACGGAGCCACACAGGGGAGUGUGGACUUCACUCUUGGAGCUGAGAGAGGCUGUGGAAGGCAGUGAUGUUACCGACCUCAGAGAGGAGCCUUGCCCCGCAGACGAGGGACUGAAUAGCAGACAGUCACCCUGGCGAGAACAGGCCCGGGAAGCAGGGGACAUGGAGCCCGAUGACCCCCAAAGCACUUUUUCUGAAGCCCCCUUCCUAGACUCACCCCCGGUGCCUUCAAGCCUCAGCUGGGCCCCCCAGGCGGAGCAGCGGCUGCCGGGGACCAGAGUUGGCGAAGGCAGUGCCGAGGGGCCCGGCAAGGGGCAGGGCUUCCUAACGCACGUGGAGGCCCCCGGCCACCUCGGCUCAUCUCCCUGGCACGCUGUCACUGACAGUGACACAGGCCUAAAGGAAAUGGCGGCCUCGGAACGUGACCUGGGGAGUGCGGGAGGACGGCGGACUCCCCCGGUCUCUGCCUUGGCGACUCGCACCCGUGAGCCGUGGGUGGAGCAGCCUUCCCGGGACCAGGUGUUAACGUCCAGCGACGAGGAGGACAUCUAUGCCCAAGGGUUGCCUUCAUCUUCUUCGGAGACGAGCGUGACUGAGCUCGGGGGUAGUCGCUCCCUGCAGGACCUGAGCCAGCCCGGCACAGAAGACACCGGGCUGCUAAAGUCAGAUCAGUUUGCAGAGAGCUGGAUGGGGUACUCUGGCCCCGGCUACGGCAUACUCAGCCUGGCGGUCUCCGAGAAGUACAUCUGGUGCCUGGACUACAAAGGCGGCCUGUUCUGCAGCGCGCUGCCGGGCGCCGGGCUACGCUGGCAGAAGUUCGAAGACGCCGUCCAGCAGGUGGCAGUCUCACCCUCAGGCGCCCUCCUCUGGAAGAUUGAACAGAAAUCUAACCGAGCUUUUGCUUGUGGAAAAGUGACCAUCAAGGGAAAGCGGCACUGGUACGAAGCGCUGCCCCAGGCGGUUUUUGUGGCCCUGAGCGAUGACACGGCCUGGAUCAUCAGGACGAAUGGAGACCUAUACCUGCAGACAGGUCUCAGUGUGGAUCGCCCCUGUGCCAGAGCCGUGAAGGUCGACUGUCCAUACCCACUGUCCCAGAUCACAGCCCGAAACAGCGUGGUGUGGGCGCUGACAGAGCAGAGGGCCCUCCUGUAUCGGGAGGGCGUGAGCAGCUUCUGUCCUGAAGGGGAGCAGUGGAAAUGUGACAUCGUCAGUGAAAGGCAGGCUUUGGAACCUGUCUGUAUAACUCUCGGGGACCAGCAGACUCUGUGGGCCCUGGACAUCCGAGGAAACCUGUGGUUCAGGACCGGCAUCGUUUCCAAGAAGCCUCAGGGAGAUGACGACCAUUGGUGGCAAGUGAGCAUCACAGACUACGUGGUGUUCGACCAGUGCAGCUUAUUCCAGACCAUAAUCCAUGCCACGCACUCGGUGGCCACCGCAGCCCAGGUGCCUGUCGAAAAGGUGGCGGAUAAACUGCGCAUGGCCUUUUGGUCUCAGCAGCUUCAGUGCCAGCCAAGCCUUCUCGGGGUCAACAACAGUGGCGUCUGGAUCUCCUCAGGCAAGAACGAAUUCCAUGUCGCUAAAGGAAAUCUCAUCGGCACUUACUGGAAUAAUGUUGUUCCCCGAGGGACAGCUUCUGCAACAAAAUGGGCCUUUGUGCUGGCUUCCACUGCUCCCACAAAAGAAGGAAGUUCCUUGUGGCUGUGCCAGAGCAGCAAGGACCUGUGCAGCGUCAGCGCCCAGAACGCUCAGUCCCGCCCCUCCACGGUGCAGCUGCCUCCCGACGCCGAGAUGAGGGCUUACGCCGCCUGCCAGGACGCCCUGUGGGCCCUGGACAGCCUCGGCCAGGUGUUCAUCCGGACGCUGUCCAAGAGCUGCCCCACAGGCAUGCACUGGACGAGGCUGGACCUUUCCCAGCUAGGACCUAUAAAACUGACAAGCCUGGCGUGUGGAAAUCAGCACAUCUGGGCCUGUGAUUCCAGGGGCGGAGUUUACUUCCGAGUAGGAACCCAGCCUCUCAAUCCCAGUCUGAUGCUUCCGGCCUGGAUAAUGAUUGAGCCGCCUGUCCAGCCUGCUGGGGUCACGCUGGUGAGCCUGCACUCCAGCCCCAAUGACCAGAUGCUGUGGGCACUCGACAGCAGGUGGAACGUCCACGUCCGGGUGGGGAUCACCGAAGAGAUGCCGGUGGGGACCGACUGGGAGCACGUGCCAGGGCUGCAAGCCUGCCAGCUGGCCCUGAGCACCAGGACCGUGUGGGCCCGCUGCCCCAACGGCGAUCUCGCCCGGCGGUACGGCGUCACCGACAAAAACCCUGCCGGAGACUACUGGAAGAAGAUUCCCGGAAACGUGACGUGUUUCACAGUGACCUCGUCAGACGAGCUGUGGGCAGUCGGCCCCCCAGGCUACCUCCUCCAGCGGCUGACCAAGACCUUCAGCCACUCUCACGGCGCCCACGGCGGCCACGCCCCCACCCCCCACCCCCCCGAGGACCUGGAGGACGAGUGGGAGGUCAUCUGAAGCAGCGGGGGCAGGGCCGCUCAGGAGGGAGGAAGCCGGCACGCGCAGCGGACGCGGUGCGGUGGUGGCGCUCGCUCUCGGCCAGCCAGGUGGGGCCGGGUCGGACGGCCCACGCUUGCUCUCGUCCGUGUUUCUUUCCGUCUUGUUCCAGAACCCACGGCCUCAGCCGAGCGGCCCGGAGCCGUGGCCAGAGCGGCAGCGCCUCU